AUUAGGUCUAUCAGUUGUCAUUAGCACUCUGACUAGUUAGUCGGGCUGAUUAGCAUUUAAAUAAAUUUAAAAUGAAAAUCGGUGUUACUUCGCUUCUUAGCGUUUUAAUUUUUGCUGUUUUAAACGAAGUAGAUUCCAAAAGUUUGCCGGAUGUGUCGAUAAAGUCCGGAAAUGUUUCAAAUGAAGCCAAACUGGCCUAUCUGAAGUCCCACGCGGAACUUAUGAAGUCGUUCAUGAACGUCUCUGUGCCACCUUGUGAUGACUUUUACGAGUACGCCUGUGGGAACUGGCCAAAUGUGAAACCGGAUCGGUACUACGCAGGAAAAAUGGGCAGCCUCUCCGCCCUGAUCUACACAACUAACAAUGCUACGGAGCAUUUACUGGGGUUAAAUCAAUUGGCAGAGACUCUAAAUGUUUCAAAGGAACUUCGCGUGGCACAACAGUUCUAUAAUGCCUGUCUAGCCGCAGAGCUGUAUCCAUUUCCGGCAGCCGAUCCCGCUUACCUGGAUCUAAUCCGCUUGAUUGGAGGAUUCCCCGCUGUCGAUGGUGACAAAUGGAAUGCCUCAAACUUCAGUUGGCUCAACAUGAGCGCUCACCUAACCAACUACGGAGCCAAGGGACUCAUCUUCGAUGAACUAAGUCUAAAAUAUCCAUUCGAGCCUGAGUUUAAAAUACCCAAGUUGGGCUUUGAUUUCAUUGUUUACACGGAAAAUCUGGAAAGUAAUACCUCGCGAUCUAAACAGCUCAACGAGGAUCGGAUGCGGGGCUAUCUACGGGCCUACCAGCUUCCGGAAGACCAAAUUACGGAGGUAAUUGCCGGUGUAUUUGCUUUCUGGAGAGAUGUUCUGGAAGUGGUCGACGAAUUCUUCAAGGAUGAAAUUAAUUGUCAUAUGAUGAGUAGCGUCCUAGGUAUAACUCCGCUUACCCAGUGGAGUAGCUACUAUGACAUUGCCUGGAAAGGGGCAAACGUGACCAAGGGGCACACGUGUAAUUACUACUACGUGAAGCUGGAUGAGCUCUGUGCCAAGCAUACGGCGGCAGUGGCCAACUACCUGGCCAUGAAACUCCUCUAUACCAUGGAUGCCAAGCUAAAGGAUCCCAAACACCAGCGCGAUUACUGUGCAUUGAAAACAUCAACUACUAUGGGGUACUUAUUGGACAAACUCUAUAUGAAGGUAUUCUUUAGUGAAGAGAAACGCUCGGAAGUAUCGGAAAUUGUGCAGGAGAUUCGGAAAAGUUUGCGCCUGACUUUGGAAGAAGCCGAAUGGCUUGAUCCCGAGACUAAGCGAGAGGCUCUGCUAAAAGAGUCCGCCAUCAAGGCAAAUAUUGGCAGUAUCAAGGACGAGGCCCUAACGGAUCGGAUAAUGCGGCAAAUCGGAAGCUUGGCAAUCAACGAGAGCAACUACGUAGCUACUAACAUCGAGGUUCAUCGCCUCCAUGUCAGCAACGAACGAUUCAGUAGUCUCCACUUUGAAGAACUGAGCAACAAAACCAAGCCUCUACUACUCAUGAUUGGUAUGCAGCCAGUUGCUGCCUACUCGAUCCUGGAUAACUCCAUUAAUUUGUUGGCAGGAUUGCUAGACUCACCUGUUUAUCAUCCUUUUUGGCCAGACGCUUUGAAGUUCGGAACGCUCGGCUUUGUUCUGGGCCAUGAACUCACCCAUGGCUUCGAUACCUUUGGAUUCUUAUUCGAUGGAAACGGUGAACCUCGGUCCUGGUGGACCGCGCUGUCCCGAGACCAGUUUGAAGAUAAAGCUCAGUGCUUUGUGGAUCAGUAUAGCAAAUACCAAGUUCCUUUAGUAAACCAAACAAUUGAUGGUAAAAAAACCAUGGACGAAAACAUUGCCGAUAAUGGGGGAAUCCGUGAGGCGUUUUCCGCUUACACUCGACGCAAGACACAGAGAAUGAAUAAUCACGAUCAGGAUAAGGACGAGACGUUACCGGGACUUGACCUUUCCCCGGAGCAACUCUUCUUUCUUGGCCUUGCUCAGUUCUUUUGCACUGAUUUCCAAGAAGAGACAUACUGGAACACUCUUACUGAUAGCCACACAACCGAUAAGUUUCGGGUCCUGGGCUCCAUUGCCAAUAGCAAGGACUUUGCGAAGGCCUACAAUUGUUCACCUCAACCUAACUCAGAAAUGUGUAGUCUUUGGUAGAAGAAACAGGGAAAAUAAAAGCAAUCUCUAAAGGCCUAGAAAAGCUUUUAUAUUGUAACUUUAAUAAAUUGAUAUAACUUGUAUAAA